AUGGACAAAUUUGAGCAGAUCAUCCUUGAUCGUAAACUCACACCGUUUCUGGCCAAAUUUGAGCAACUUAAAAACACAAAGUGUCUCAACUGGAGGAAAGUAACAAAGGUUUAAAGAAAGAGAAUUUAUUUUUGAAUAAGGAAUUAGCUAAGGCAACAAAUCUAAGAGAGCUGCAAGAUGAAUUUGAACAGUAUGGGUGCAGAGAAUGCCUUGAAAUCAGAGGAAUCCUGCAACUUCAAGGUGAAAAUACCAAUGAAAUAAUAGUGAAGAUAAGCUUGAAGGUCGGAGUGGUUAUAAAAGAAGAAGAUAUUUCAAUCAGUCACUGUUUGCCUGUUCAAGGACGUAAUGCUAAUAAUUUCAACCCAGCUAUAUUUUGUAAAAUUUACGAGACGAGUCAUACGCAAUAUAAGCUGAAAGACCUCGCCACAAGAGAUAUGGGUUACUCUAGAUCUACUCCCUCCAAGAUAUUUAUAGUUGAAUGUUUGACAAAAAGGAAAAAGGAAUUAUUCAAAGUUUGUUUACAAGCCAAAAGAGAUAAGGGAUGUUGUUUCUUGUGGACACUGUAUGGCAAAAUAAUGAUGCGUAAAGAUGAAAGUAGUGAAGCAGUUACAAUCUCUAGCUUGCAGCAAUUGGAUGGAAUUUCUUAA